AUGAGCGCAAAACGCAGGGUCGCAUCUGUGGGCUCGUCGGAGCCGCUGACACAUGGGUCGAAGCGGCGGAGAGUAUCGGGUGGAGAAUCGCCCGAUAUCGAAACCCCACAAACGACGACAGAGGCUGGCUUGAAGUUGAUGGCCCACAUCAGACAAUCUACGGACAAGAAUGGACGCCUCAUUGCCACAAACUUCAUCGAGUUGCCCGAAAAGAGGCGACACGCGGACUACUACAAAAUCAUUACGCUCCCGAUUUCCCUAGAGACUGUGGAAGUAAGAACUCCCAAUUCUUCGCAAUUUUUGAUAUUAGAAUCUGCAACCGAAGCUAACAAACAACCCCCAAAACAGGACAAGUUGAAGAAGCAUGGAUACAACAAUCUUUCUGCAGUCGAAGGUGACCUAAAGCGCAUGGUCACCAAUGCCAAAAGGUACAAUGACAAGAAUUCUGUCAUUUUCGCCGAUGCAGAACGCAUACGGAAGAUGCUCUCCAACACGAUGCCGAAAAUCAACCCAGCAUACAAGGACCCCAAGUAUACCGCGGUCCCAACUCCACUUCCUGAAGAGGUCUCGGAGAAUGGUAACCAUGCCGACCCUGAUGGUGAAACAAACCAGGAAGAAGAGGAUCCCAUUUCUACUCAAGCUUCUCAGGCCGCUGAAGGCGACCAACAAGAGGAGAGUUUCGAGGGUGACUCCAUACAGCUGGCUCAAGAUAAGAUAUUAUCGGAAAUGAUCCACUUAAAAGACCCAGAAGGACAAGAAGUUGGAUCUCCUUUUGUCAACAAACCGGACAAGGUAUUAUACAAAGACUACUAUGAUUUCAUCCAGCAUCCGGUGUCUCUGCGAAGCAUCCUAAAACAAGUUCGUGGAAUCGAAGGGAGAAAGCCCCAUAGUCACAAGACUGCAUUUCCAACAUGGCAAUCAUUUGCAGAGGAAGUAGACUAUAUCUGGCACAAUGCCCGGGAAUUCAACGAAGACGACAGUGAAAUUGUGAUAUUUGCUAACUACCUGGAGGCCCAUUUUCAGCGGCGUAUAGCUGAAGCCAAAAGUGUAGUGCCUGAUAUGCCGCAAGAGAGCGCCGGGGAAGACAACCCGCGCAUCAAAUUGAAAAUCAGCUCAAGCAGGACGCCGGAUCCAUCUCAGAAAUUGACCUUGAAGUUUUCUGGCCAAAGACUAUCUUCAGCUGAAGACAAGGCGCAAGCAUCGGAUUCUGCUGAUGGUGAAUCUCUUCACGGCCAAAAAGAAGCGCUUCAGGGUGCAAUAGGAGCUUCGCCAGCAAGAGGCUUGCGGAAAUCAAUUGGGGCCAGCCCUGCAAGUGCAAUGCGUUAUUCAACACCUUCUCACCCCGUGGCGAACGCCUCGGCCGUAAACAGUGGCCUACCCAUCUCGUUCCACGGUGACACUCCGACGAAUGCAAAUAUUGCGCCUAUAUCGCCUUCUCAACUGCCGUUACCCUCAGCGGCUCCUGGCAGUUUUCCACUUCCCAAAGUCAGCGAUUCAUGGCUUAAUGCAACACGGCCUUUGAACAACGGGUUCCAAUCGAUCAGGCGAAAAGCAGAUCAAGACAUUUCCGACGCUUUGAUCAAGAACAUGACCAUAAAACUUCACCCAAGCCUUGGACUUCAAAGUAACUUUCGGAUGGACCUACCAGCCUCAGCGCUCGUGCGCCAACAAUCAUUUGUUGUCACCCUCCCUGCAUCUCACAACUUUCUGUCUUUGGCGCUCGAGAUUGCCAGCAGCACAGCAGAGAGACGCACGCGCUUGAUAGCUUUGGCUGGGCCCCAUAGAGCCCCGCUGGCUCCGCACACCCAUUCGGCGUCGACUGAGCCAGUGUACGACAUCAAACUGUCGCCUGGUCUGACCAAAAUUGAUUUCCAAAUUGCCUCGCAACGAUUGACCGACCAGGACGAAACCCCGGCCCACGAGACUAAGAAAGAGUUUGAGCGGCUCACCGUAUUCUUCCGACUGCUUCAUUAG